AUGGCGGUUUUUCAUUUUAUUUUGCUUAUAUUCUAUUUGGGAGCCAUACAAUGUUAUGACCAAAGCUACAUAAAAAAUGAUAGAUACUGUGAUGACUUAUCCCCAUACGUUGGUGAUUUAAAUUUGGACCAAAUUUCGGGCAUUUGGUAUGGAGUCGAAAAAAUUCCACACACAAAGGGUGAAUAUCGUAUAGAACAUACUAAUGAGUGCUUUUAUAUUGAUAUCCGAGAACUUUAUAUACAGCCAACCCCACCAACACCGUAUCCGCCAAUGACAAAUUCACCCUAUGUAUAUAAGCCAUAUGUAGUCUCAGAACAAUACAGGAUAAAGCAUUUUGUGUUAGAAUGGCACGAAGGACAUCGCCAGGACGACUACCAUGUUAAAGUCAACACUUCUCAUAAAGGAUUUUGGCCCACGGAUGUGCCUUACCAAAAUGUGGACAACAUGUAUCGUUUCUUCGGAGGAGUCAUCCAAGUUUUGAAAGUGGCGAACAAUCACCUCGUGCUGAAUUUCUGUAUGAGGCUUCCUCACUCUCAGGUCUACAGCGUUGUAUUAGCAAGAAAUGAAAACCAACUUACGCGAGAAGACUUAGCUAGUAUUCAUAAUAUAUUUUCUUAUAAAAAUCUCUCCACAUCUUCUUUAAAACGCGUAUGUGAAAGCUCUGCGACAAGCAUUCAGUUAACUAGUACACUCAUAUUGUUUAUUUGUUUUGUUAUUUUGAAAAGU